UCCAAACAGCUGGACCGGACUGCUGAUCCCUCUGAGCCGAGAAGGCCCACAGCUGGUGACCCGAACAGCCUGAAGAUGUUGGCUCUGAGGACAGUUGUUCUGCUUGGACUGAGCUGGACAUGUAAAGCUGCGUCUGUCGAUCCAUGGGGCCAGUGUCCAGUCAACAGAAAGUGUAAGGACAAGUUUGGAGACGGCUCAUGCGACAGAGAGUGUAUGGAGCCCGAGUGUCUCAGAGACGGUUUCGACUGCCAGAAGGACAGGGGCCACUGCAAUCCGGGCCAUAUCCAGUACUGCCGUGAUCACUACGCCAACUCCCACUGCGAGCAGGGAUGCGACAACGCCCCCUGUGGGUGGGACGGCAGCGAUUGCUUCACACGCCAGACUUCCCUGUGGGCUAAAGGCACCCUGAUCCUUCACGCCAAAAUCCCACAACAACGUGGGGCCUUCUCCAACAGCUCCCUGCUCUGGGCACUCAGUGUUCUUCUCCAGUCGUCACUCAAACUGAGAGGCUCCGCCCCUCUCGCCACUGACAGGAACUUGUUUGACUUUGACCCUCAGCAGCUCACCAACCUGCUGACUCAGGCAUCACCAGCUGACUCAAAUGGCUCCCUCCUUUUCCUCCAAGUGGACAACAGGCCAUGCUCCCGUCUGCCCUCUACCUGUUUUCCCUAUGCCACCGAGGCAGCCAGUUUCCUGCGUGCCGUGAUGUCGCUGAAGCCUUCCUCGUUCCCCAUCCUCCCGGAGCUGACGGUCAUCAUUGGUAUUAGAGGUGUCCGAGAGGAAAUAGGAAGCAGAGAGGAUGUUGGGAUAAAGGAAGUCAAAGAGCCGACUCCUGCAUGGCUGUGGGCCGUGAUUGCCAUAGCGAUUGGCCUGCUGCUGGUGCUGGUCCUGGUGGUCCUGUUGGUGGUGAGGAGGGUGAGGCAGCAGCGGGCGGAGAGGGAAGGUGGCGACAGAGUGAGACACCGGUUCACUGUGACUGACGGUGACCCCAAAUCCAAGGCUCUGACACAGCACGCAGCCCACCAGGAGCAGAGGGUCCGAUCCAGCAGAGAGAAAGACAAGAUCAGCUUGAGGAAAAAGAAGAAGGCAAAGGAAGCAGAGAAAAAGAGAAGGAGGGAACCGCUGGGGGAGGACGCCAUUCGAAUGCGACCCCUCAAAAGGGACCAGGAGAUAGGAAGUGACACAGACUUUACCCAGAGUUCAAUGGAAGACAUCAGCGUGAGAUGCUCCAGGCGACAGGAGGACGCCUCCAUCUGUGACCACAGGAGCCCGGAGCAGAAACACUACCGGGCUGGAAACUCGCAGCCCCACAGAUCUAUACAGCCUCCCCCUAGAGGAUGGGAGAGAAAUGCCAUGCCUCCUCCUCUGCUCAGUCCUCCACAGCAGUCAGCAGAGUGGUGUGGCCCAGAUGGGUCUGUAGUUCUGAUCCGAGCGGUGCGAAGUGGACUGGACCGAGUGGUCUUGGAGCUGCUGAGAGCAGGAGUGCCUGUCAACAACACAGAUCAUACUGGGAGAUCAGCCCUGCACUGGGCAUGCUCAGUAAACCACCUCUCCCUAACAAGGACCCUCAUUCGUUAUGGGGCUGCUGUGGACCUGCAAGACAACAAGGGCGAGACAGCGCUCUUCCUCUCUGCCCUCUAUGGUUGCUAUGAUACAGCCAGACUCCUCCUCCUGCACGGUGCCAACCCUGAGUUGCACGAUCGGAGAGGACGUCGCCCGAUGGACAUGGCCAGAGAGGGCAUGCAUCACCAGGUCCUGGAGCUCCUCUUGGCUCACCAGUUCCAGAGAGGGCCUGCUCCCGUCGACUCGGCCAAUGACAUGCUGUGGGAGGAGCGCGCUCUGAUGUACUCGCAGUGGGUCGGAUCGCAAGGCCUGCCUGGGAGAAGUGCCUCCUUCUCUGGGAUCAUAGGGCAUCGAGACAUGACCCCACCUCCACAAAAUGAUUGGUCAAUGAGCCGAGUACAGUACCCCUCCCCUCAGAACUGGCGACCACAGCUCAACCAAUCAGCAACAGCGCUGGUCCCUCCAAGAAUCAUGGGCCGCUCGCCUCGACCAAUCAGCACCUUACAGGAGGUGACCUCAGAAGACGAGGAUCGUGACAGGAACCAGGAAAUCCCCAGAGCUGCAACACCUCACUUCCUGUCGCCGCAGCCUGCCCCUCGGCAGCGUUCCUUUUCCUGCACCCAGCAUGCAUUGCAGCGUCGCUCCAGUGCCCACCAGCCAGAGCCCAAUUAUGUUAUUGUGACAGACAGAACAGCCAGCGAACCCGUAGAAAGAGUGGUUGUUUCGCCUCCCACAGACGCUGCUGCCCAACCGGACCGCCAGCCUGCUGUAAAUGGCACAAAUCCCAUUAGAGCAGAACAAGCAGCAGUGAGUUCAACGAGUUCAGAGCAGAAAUCCAGAGGUGAGAGGCCCAACAACACCACCGACUCGACGCAAACAGCCCUGUAGAGAACAGCAAGAGGCAACAACACUUCAGCUGCCUUUCCAUCCAGCCUGCAAGAACACAUGAAUAAGACAGAAGCACUGACUUUUAGUUUGGGAUUUGGUGUAUUUUGUUGUUGAGGUCAGUGCAAUGCUGGAGUCCAGUGCUGAUUUACUGUAAUAUUAUGACCUUAAUUAUGAUCCAGUGUCAGGUGUGGCCUGACAGAUUUGCCUCUUAAAUUUAUUAUUUGUUAAAUAUCUGUCAAAUUCAUACACAGCAGCACUUGGAGAUGUUCCUUCCUAAGUUGUUUCCCCAGUUUUCACUCAGCUUUGCCUAAGUUAUUAUUAUUAGUAGUAAUAUCAUCAUUAUUAUUAUUAUUAUUAUUAUUAUUGCAUUUUACAUUUUGGAGAAGAAAAUUGUUCCUUUCAAAUUUUCUCUUAUGUGGCACAGUCAAAUAGGUAAACAUGCCUGGGAUGAGUGCCAGUCAAACAUGAUGAAUUUGACUCUUGACAUCUUGGGAAUCUUGUUUCCAAAUACUGUCAAAUAUUCACACAGACUUGACAUCUAACUGGUUGUAUUCUGAUUAUUGCAGAAACAAUCGAGGAGAAAAUGUUAAAACCACAUGCAUGGUUACAUGGAAAUGUCAGAUAGCUGUAAUAAAGUGACUUUUUAUGCAAA